GCCGCCCCCACGCGGCGCCGCCCGCCCGGGAGGCUCGUUAGUGCCGGCGGCAGGGAAGGAGAGCGAGGGGGCGUGUCCAUCCGCCGGCGGGGGCGCGCGGCAUGGCGGAGAGCGGCGCCUGGCUGCUGGUGCUGAGCUCCGUCUUCCUCUGCAACGCUCUCAAGAUCCUCCUGCCUUCCUGCUCCUCCAUCAUGGACGUCUCCAUUGUUGAGAAGGAUGAUCAGUGGAUGCAGAGAUUAAGGCGUUAGGCGUUAUAGGAGAAAAUGUUAAGUCCCAGUCACUAAUCAGGAUGCCCCCUGGUCUGAUGUUAAGCGUCUCUGUGGAAGCGUCUGGAACAGAAUUAUGGACCAAUAAACUCUGUGACUGCCACAUUAACUCGCAUAUAUCCAGAUUGCUACAAAAGGAUGCAGAGCAGGAAUCCGAAAUGCGAGCUGAAAUUCAGAACAUGAAGCAAGAACUCUCAACCAUUAGUAUGAUGGAUGAGUUUGCUAGAUAUGCCCGUCUGGAAAGAAAAAUUAACAAAAUGACUGACAAGCUUAAAACUCAUGUGAAAGCACGGACUGCCCAAUUAGCCAAAAUAAAGUGGGUUAUAAAUAUUGUGUUCUACAUCUUACAAGCUGCCUUGAUGAUCUCUCUGAUUUGGAAGUACUAUUCCGAGCCUGUUACAGUGCUUCCAAGCAAAUGGCUUGCUCCGCUGGAGCGCUUGGUAGCCUUUCCUACGGGGGUGGCAGUUUGCUCUGAGCUUUGGGACAGCAGUGAAGGCGUUGUAGAAGUAUUAAUACUUCAUAGAGAAAUAGCUCUUCUGACUACUCAACGUCAUUUGAAGCCCGCCCAAUGUACAGCUUAAGCCUCAAGAAAAACCUUCAACAUUUUGAGAAGAAAUGUGCUGCAAGCAGGUUUCAGAUCUAAAUGUCUUAAUCAUCUUUAAAAGCUUUUGCAGUAUAAUUUUUUGAAGUUUUUUUCCAAAGUGCUACUGCAUUUUAAAAUUAAUCGAAUACACAUAAUUUUCCUGAACUUCACAUCAUUUUAGCACGGUUUCAUUAAUUACCAUGAGGAACAAAACAUAAUCCUCCUACCCUUGCUUACAUAACCUUAAACACAGGCUUUUUAAAAGCUUUUUGAGAACUGGGUAUGCCUGACUUCUCCAAAACAAUAGUUUACUCUUGCACAUUCAUCUUUGGAUGUCAGCUGUGGAAGUUACCAGGCAAACUGUUUUGAUAAGUUCUAACGGUGGAAAAGAAUGAAGCUUUAGAGCUUUAUAAUACUAAGGAAAACAAUGUAAUAGCAAAUUAUUUUUAUUAUAUGUGAAUUCUGGAAGCUAUUUCAGGAGUGAAGAAAAUAAAAAAUAAAAUUAUUUUCUUUUUAUUGCAUUGUUGGUACUAACCAAACACUGAACCUUAUGAAAGCAGAUUGCUCGCUUCAGCUAGCUAACAAAUAACCAGCUUCAAAACUGCAGAGAGAAUGCAAAAAAAGGGAAGUUACAAAACAAGGACUAACGUGAACACCUGCUAACAGGUAAAAAUGUCGUAAUUGUUAAGGCACUCGUUACUAAGAUGGAUAUGCAGGCACAUGCAUGCACAUGGACUGAGAACGGAAGAAUGUUCUUGUGUGACAACUGAUUUGAGUGUCAUCUUGGAAAAAUCAUUGAAAGAAAUUCUCAGAACUUGUAAGAUUUAAUACAUAUUUAAUGAAGGUCAAACCACUGCUUUUUAAAAAAAAUGUUUUAAAUUAUUCACAGAUCUAAAGAUAAAUUGACGUACUUAACUAAAUAGCAAAAUAAUUAGUUUGUGUAUGCUAAUGAGGUUAGUAAUAAGGAUUUCAUUCGCAUUACAUGCUUUAUGUUAUGAACUAGUAGUGGUGGUUUGACACUUGGCUUGUGUAACGCCGCAUCCUUUCACUUCCAUUUCUUCAUUCCUCUCAUGACAGAACUUGCAUGGUUGUCUCUUCAAACACAGCCUGGUCCAAAGAGCUCUUUCAUAAGAUUGUUUUUCCUUUCAGCGAAUGUCAUAUGAGCGCAGCCUUCCGCUUCGGUGAAACUGUCCUUCUGCCCUGUUUUGGUAACUUUGCCAAAAGACGGUUCAUAUAGCCCAAAGGAAUUUUUCUCUUUUGAUUCAGCCGUUUCACCGCAGUCCUGAGCCGCAUGUCCGGGGUUGCAAAAACUGCCUUGUCUGGAUUUUCUGCCUGAUGCAGGAAGCCCGUGAUGCAAAUUCUCAGUGGCUUCUGAGAACAUAUAUUUUUUUUUCAGCCCAAUGGGUGUUUUCAUUCUGGGGCCUGGAGUCACACAUUUACUCCCUGCCUUCUCACUGCUAUUUACCUCUUCAUCUGGCUUUUUUUCUUCUUUUUCAUAUUCUUCCACUGCAUCUUCUUCCUGUUUGUUCACAUUUACAUUGUCACUUAGAGCUUGUUCGGUUUUCAUCGGUUUGUUCAGCUCCUGUUUAAGCAAAUCUGUCUUUUCUUCUUUCAUAAAUUCCAAACAAGUGUAUUCUUCCAUCAGUAGUCUUCCCUCACUUAAAUAAUCUAAAAUGAAAUAUUGUGGGUUUUAAGAAUGUUCUUAAAUUGCCUAGUAACGUAAAGAUUAAUGAAGCAUUAAUGAGAGCAAGUUUUACUUAUUUCAUUCCUUAAGUUGGUGUUAUCAAUGGUAUUUCAGUCUUGAAGGUUAUGACAAUGCUAUUUACUAAUAAAUAUAACAGGAUGGGGAAAUAUUUAAAGAUUUAAAUGGCAUUGUGCCAUUGAAUUCUGGUAAAUAUAUUUCUUUUUACCUUUCUCAUUAUGUUCAAUUUUAGUAAAUGAAUCAAUAUGCAAAUAUAAUCAGUAAUGGCUAAAUAUAGGGCCAGAAAAAUCCCGUACAAUGCAGCAGAGAAAGCACAUGAGAUCUGAACUCUAAUUGUAAUUUUCUGCUUUUAAAUGGAAUUUAAAUGUACGCAUGAUUUUCUCUCCUUUGAUUGACAACACAGUUGCUUGUUGCGUGGAGCAGAACAUACUGCAACUUUCCAACCCAUAAUUGAGUUGGCUUCACUUUUUAGUAGAAAAAGAUAUGUGGAUACCGAAUGCCUACAGUAAAUACAUUUCUUUGCUGCAGGGGACAAAUAAUAGGUUCUCUGGUUUGGAGAGGUUCAGAGUACCUCCAAAAAUCAGAUAGAGUCCAAGUUUAAAGGAGAAGUAUGAAGUUGCAAUAAUUGAAAUAGCUAAAUAAGACUUCAAUAAAUAAGUCUAAUAUUGGCCGUAGGAGAAAACCAGAAGAGUCUGGCAAACAGUGAGGAGAGAGAUUCACAGGCAGAAUCAGAGGAUUCUGUUUUCUGUCAAUUUUAAAGGGGGAUUUCAAUGACAAAUGGUGAUUUCAGUUAUCUGGUGGGGCCUGGAUAGGCUGCAGGCUGAGAAGGGGGAGUACAAAAUACAGGAGUUAACACAUUCCAGAUUACCGGCGCUGUUACUGAUCCAGCAAGCGACCUCAAGAACCUGUUGCACCUCUGUAAAAGUGUGACCUUUAGGUCACAUAAUUUCUCCUCCCAUUUGUAAAAUAUUUAGUAUGAUGGCAUACAGAUCUUGGUUCUUCCUUCAAGCCUCACUAUAAUGCAAAUAAAAUGAAUAUUUUCAUGACUAAAAACUCAGAUAAAGGAAUGCAUUGGUUUCUUCUGUUCUAUAGAAUCUCUUCAAAAUAAAGGUGUUUAUAGAUGAGUCCCUUGCAUGUAACCGUUACAUGAGAACACAAUCUAUGGCUAAGAUUUACAUAAAAUCUAUUACAGUGAUCAUUGUAAUGAGGACAUACUCUCAGCCCUUGAGUGAGUCCUUUUCCUUUCCCAGCAACAGAACCUGAGCCAGAGAUACCUGUUGACGGGAGCUGUGAUGAAGGUUUGCAACCAACAGUUUGAGAUCAGUAGCUGAUUAGUGUGGAAUUAACAAGCUGUUAACUGAAGUAUACUUUUACAGAUAAAACACUGACUUUUUACUAAUGUGACUAGCACCAAGAUGCCUCAUACUGUGGAGCUGCUCUGCUGUCAGUGCCGUGCUGCCAACAGUUGGAUUUCUUUGACGCUUAAUAUAUUGUUUUGUUGAAUUAGUUGCUGUUAGUCAGGUGCCACAGGAGUUAACACAUUCCAGACUACUGGCGCUGUUACUGAUCCAACAAGUGACCUCAAGAACUGCCAGGCUGUCAGACCCAUGCAAAAUAACCAGUACCAUCAGUACUUCUUUUCAAAAGAUCAAAUGAGUUUCUGAGAAACAAAAAAAAUAAAA